AUGCCUCCCUCGAAGAAGAAGCUCAAGGCCACGAAAAAGUUCGAGAAGAACCAUCUCUCCGGCGUCCUGAAGAAACGCAAGGAGGACGCAAAGGUCAAGCAGCGGUACGCUCUCCAGGCGAAAAAGGCUGGCAAGAAGACGAGGGAAGAUGCGAGCUUCUUCAAAGGCCCCAAGGAGGAGGGCGCCCCCAAGCCCCAUUCGAACAAGAAGGAUGCCAACGUCAGCGCCAUGAGCGUCGACGACUUCUUCAAGGGCGGCUUUGAGGACAUUAUCGACAAGGCGCCCAAGGGCGGCAAGCUGGGCAAGAGGAAACGCGAUGCGCCCAACGGCAAGGCCAAGGCGCCCAAAGCCGACGACGAUGACGAGGAGCAGGCCGGCUCCGAGGACGAGGGAAUGUCUGACAUGUCCCUAGAGGACCAGCCCGUCGUCAGCGACAGCGAGGAUGGUGCUGACGACAGCGACAUGGAGCUGGACGCCGAGGACGGCGAGAUGAGCAAAAAGGCCAUGGACGACCUCGCCAAGAAGGACCCUUCGUUUUACAAGUUCCUCAAGGAGCACGACCCCGAGGCCCUCGACUUUGACGAGAACGCCGACAUGGCCGAGAUUGACGACCUGAGCGCCGGCAGUGACGCCUCCGAUGACGACCAGCCCAAGAAGAAGCGUAAGAAGGACAACAACAAGAAGAAGAACAAGAAGGAUGUGUCUGAAGACGACGAGGCGACAGCAGCUGACAACGAGCUCACGCGCGAAAUGGUUGCCAAGUGGAAGGAGCUCAUUGUCGAGAAGAAGUCGUUGCGUGCUGCUCGUCAGGUCGUCUUGGCCUUCAAGUGCGCCGCGCAUCUGAACGAGGACGAUGCCGAGGAUGGCAAAAACAACCGCUACACCAUCAACAGCCCCCAGGUCUUUCACGACAUUCUCAUCGUCGCCCUGCGCCAGAUCCCCGAGGUCAUCGCCCACCACCUGCCCUCGAAGGAGUCGGCUGCCGGCAAGGUCUAUGUUUCCACCGAGACGAAGAAGUUCCAGACGCUGUCCAUCAUGCUCAAGACGUACACAGCCUCCAUCAUCCACCUCCUCGGCACUCUGUCCGACGACGCGACCCUCAAGCUGACGAUUGGUGCUCUCGAGCCCCUUCUCCCCUACCUGCUCUCCUUCCGCAAGCUGCUCAAGGCGCUCAUCAAGUGCAUCGUCAACUUCUGGGCGCGGCCCGCCUCCUCCGAGGCUACGCGAAUUACCGCCUUCCUCGUGCUACGCAAGCUCAUGGUCAUCGGCGAUGCCGGCCUCCGCGAGGUCGUCCUCAAGGCCGUCUACCAGGGUCUCGUUCAAGGCUCCCGUGUCACCAACGCCAACACCAUUCAGGGCAUUAACCUCAUGAAGAACUCUGCGGCCGAGCUCUGGGGCAUCGACCAAAACGUCGGCUACACGACGGCCUUUACCUUUAUCCGCCAGCUCGCCAUUCACCUCCGCAACAGCAUCGUGAACAACAAGGACGCCGCCUUCAAGGUCGUCUACAACUGGCAGUACACGCACUCGCUCGACUUCUGGUCCACCAUGCUCGCCCAGCACUGCACGCCGCUGACCGAGGCCGAGGCCGGCAAGCCGUCGCAGCUCAAGCUCCUCGUCUACCCCCUCGUUCAGGUGACCCUGGGCGCCACGCGCCUCAUCCCGACCGCCACCUUCUUCCCUCUCCGCUUCCACCUCAUCCGCUCGCUGCUGCGCAUCUCGCGCGCCACCAACACGUACAUUCCGCUGGCCGCUCCCAUCCUCGAGGUCCUCGAGUCGGCCGAGAUGAAGCGCGCCCCCAAGGCGGCGUCGCUCAAGCCGCUCGACUUCCGCGUCGCCUUCAAGGCGCCCAAGGCCUACCUCCGCACGCGCGUCUACCAGGACGGCGUCGGCGAGCAGGUCGUCGAGCUGUUUGCCGAAUUCUUCGCGCUCUGGGCCAAGAACAUUGCCUUCCCCGAGAUGGCCCUCCCCGUCGUCAUCCAGCUCAAACGCUGGCUCAAGCAGGCACGCCGCGGCGACAAGGGCGCCAGCUCGAAGAAGUCCCAGCGCGGCAACCAGAACGGCAAGCUCGGCAGCGCCAUUGUGCUGCUCGUGCAGAAGAUCGAGGCCAAUGCCAAGUUCAUCGAGCAGCGCCGCGCCCAGGUUGACUUUGCGCCCAAGGACCGCGCCCAGGUCGACAACUUCCUGCGGGACCUCGAGUGGGAGAAGACGCCGAUCGGGGCGUUUGUCGCCGUGCAGCGCAAGCUGCGGGCGGAGAAGCUCAAGAUGAUGGAGGAGGCAAGGCGAGAGGACGAUAGGCGGAGGAAAGAGGAGAGGGGUGAUGUUGACGAGCCCGAGGAAGAGGAGGAGGAGGAGGAUGAGGAGGAGUAUGCGGAUGAGCUGAUGGACGAGGAUGAUGAGGACGAGGACGAUGAGUAG